GAGCCGGGUUCCUGUCGGGCUGCAUCUCUCCACACCACGCACAUGCACACUCAUAGAAACAGCCUUGGAUAAAGACACUGUAAGAAGCAAAGAAAGAAUGAGAAAACAAGCAAAAUAAAAAUCACAAGUUAAAUGAAACCACAGAGGAAAGCCUGACAGGUAUUUGGUGGCUAGCCAGCUGAGGAUGUCGUACAGUGAUCCUGGCUGCAAGGAACUGCCGUUUCCUCUCGAGAAUGGUCCAAAGGUGCUUGACAGGGUUUUGCUGGUAAGCAUAGCCAGCUUACAUGAAGACAUGAUGCUGAGCGACAACUUUCGCGGGAAGUUCAAGAAGAUUCGGUCCAGGAAAAGACCCACUAUUCUGGCAUCCUCACCUGGGUACAGCAAGCCUCCUGUCCCCCCAGUGUGCUGCUCGCAGGGUGAGAUGAGGCCACCAACCAUGAUGCCCAUCAGUGUGGACCCAGAGAGCCGGCCAGGCGAGUAUGUGCUCAAGAGCCUCUUCGCAAACUUUACCACCAUAUCAGAGCGCAAAAUCCGCAUCAUCAUGGCUGAGCCUCUGGAAAAACCUCUGAUAAAAUCUCUUCAGAGAGGUGAAGAUACACAAUUUGACCAACUGAUCAGCACAAUGAGUUCUCUGGCUGAGUAUUGCCUACCAUCUAUCUUGCGAACCCUGUUUGACUGGUACAAAAGACAAAAUGGUGUUGAUGAUGAAUCCCAUGAGUACAGGCCAAGUUCCAAUUCAAAGUCCAAAAAUGAUGAGCAACAGAAAGAUUAUCUGCUCGAGAGGAGAGAUCUAGCAAUAGACUUCAUCUUCUCAUUAGUACUCAUAGAGGUUUUAAAACAGAUGCCCCUCCACCCAGUUAUGGAUGGUUUGGUCCAUGAAGUCAUUCAUUUAGCUUUUAAGCACUUUAAAUACAAAGAAGGGUACCAUGGUCCCAACACUGCCAACGUGCACAUAGUAGCUGAUCUCUAUGCAGAAGUAAUAGGAGUCUUAGCACAAGCAAAAUUUCCUGCUGUAAAAAAGAGGUUCACGAGUGAGCUAAAGGAGCUCCGUCAGAAGGAGCAGAGCCCCUACGUCGUUCAAAGCACCAUCAGCCUCAUCAUGGGUGUGAAGUUCUUCAGAGUGAAGAUGUAUCCCGUAGAAGAGUUUGAAGCCUCCUUUCAGUUCAUGCAGGAGUGUGCACAGUAUUUCUUGGAAUUGAAGGACAAAGACAUCAAACACGCUUUGGCCGGGCUCUUUGUGGAAAUUCUAGUUCCUGUUGCAGCGGCUGUCAAGAAUGAGGUUAACGUUCCUUGUCUAAGGAACUUUGUGGAGAGCUUGUAUGAUUCCACCUUGGAUCUCUCAUCUAGAAAAAAACAUUCUCUGGCUUUGUACCCUUUGGUGACGUGUUUGCUGUGUGUAAGCCAGAAACAGUUCUUCCUCAACAGAUGGCAUAUCUUCCUCAACAACUGCCUCUCCAAUCUGAAGAGCAAGGACCCAAAAAUGGCACGGGUUGCACUGGAGUCCCUCUACCGACUCUUGUGGGUCUACAUGAUCCGCAUUAAAUGCGAGAGCAACACUGCAACACAGGGACGCCUCAACUCUAUUGUGACGACCCUGUUCCCGAAAGGAUCUCGUAACGUGGUUCCUAAAGACAUGCCUCUCAAUAUAUUCAUUAAAAUUAUCCAGUUUAUUGCACAGGAAAGACUUGACUUUGCAAUGAAAGAAGUCAUUUUUGACCUAUUGUGUGUUGGGAAACCAGCAAAAGCCCUUAGUCUUAAUCCAGAGAGAAUGAAUAUAGGUCUUAGAGCAUUCCUGGUCAUUGCCGACAAGCUGCAGCAGAAAGAUGGCGAACCCCCCAUGCCUAACACGGGAGCCUUGCUACCUUCUGGGAACACGCUACGGGUCAAAAAGACAUACCUGAGUAAGCAUCUCUCUGAUGAGGAGGCAAAAGUCAUUGGAAUGUCCCUCUAUUACCCCCAAGUGCGGAAAGCUUUAGACAACAUCCUGAGACAUUUGGAUAAGGAGGUUGGCCGCUGUAUGAUGCUGAGUAACGCACAGAUGCUGAAUAAGGAACCUGAGGAUAUGAUCACGGGUGAGAGAAAGCCUAAAAUUGACCUCUUCAGGACAUGCAUGGCUGCUAUUCCACGCAUCCUUCCUGAUGGCAUGUCCAAGUCAGAACUCAUUGACCUUUUGGCUCGGUUAACCAUCCAUAUGGAUGAUGAACUGCGCCUUAUAGCUCAGAAUUCUUUGCAGAGUCUACUGGUGGACUUUUCCGACUGGCGAGAGGAAGUUCUCCUGGGUUACUGCAGCUUCCUGCUACGUGAGGUACAGGACACACACCAGACCCUGCUGGACUCCUCACUUAAACUGCUGCUACAGUUACUUACCCAGUGGAAACUGGCCCUGCUAAGCACCAGCAAGAGCCUGGACACAUCGAAGAUCUGCUCCACUGAAAGUAACUCUGGCUCCAGGCUGCCUGCAGAACAGACCCCUCACUUUGCAGUUCUACAUGCUGUUGAGGGUCUCAGUCUAGUGCUGCUGUGCUCCUGCCAGACCACCACACGCAAACUAGUUGUCUCCAUCCUGCGAGAGGUCCGCCAAAUCUUCCUCACUAUCGGACAGACUGAAGAUGAUGAGAGGCCCAUGAUAGAUGUUCUGGACAAACUGAGUCCGGUGGUGCUCGAGAGCUUUGCCAGCGUGGCAGUGGCAGACUCGGCGACUCUCCCCGCUGGGCAGACGGCAGACCUGCAGUGGCUGGUGGAGUGGAACGGAUCUCUGGUCGGCAGCCACUAUGACGUGCGGAGCCCGUCUUGUGUGUGGAUCUUGGCUCAGUCUCUGAAGGAGCCCUGGGCUCUGUGCCUCUUUAGUCUUCUGAGACAAGAGUACCUGCCCAAGCACUGCCCCACAGCGCUCAGCUACGCCUGGCCCUAUGCUUUUACCCGCCUGCAGCUCCUCAUGCCCUUACUGGAACCCAGCAACCCAGCUAAUGCUAAGAAGACAAGCUUGGCUGGUUCUGCAGACAGCUAUGUGUCUCUCUGGAGAAACUACCUGAUUUUGUGUUUUGGGGUGGCCAAACCCAGCAUCAUGAGUCCGGGUCAUCUCCGAGCCUCCACCCCUGAGAUCAUCACACCCAGCACAGAUAACAACAGCAGCUAUGACAAUAAGAUUUUGGGAACCCCAUCUGUCGCUUGGCUCCUAAAGCAGUUGGUCCCUUUAAUGCGUUCAGAGAGCAUUGAGAUCACAGAAUCAUUGGUGGUUGGAUUUGGCCGCACAAAUUCUCUUGUUUUCAGAGAGCUGGUUGAAGAACUGCAUCCUUUGAUGAAGGAAGCUUUGGAAAGGAGACCUGAGAAUAAAAAACGUAGAGAGAGAAGAGAUCUGCUGAGACUCCAGCUCCUCAGGAUAUUUGAGCUGUUGGCAGAUGCCGGUGUGAUCAGUGACAGCACUAAUGGUGCACUGGAACGGGAUACUCUGGCCCUGGGUGCUCUCUUUCUUGAGUAUGUGGAUCUGACCCGGAUGCUUCUGGAAGCUGAGAAUGACAAAGAUAUGGAUAUUCUCAAAGAUAUCCGAGCUCACUUCAGUGCCAUGGUGGCCAACCUUAUACAGUGCAUCCCAGUGCAUCAUCGGCGUUUCCUCUUCCCUCAGCAAAGCCUUCGACACCACCUCUUUAUACUCUUCAGCCAAUGGGCUGGCCCCUUCAGUAUCAUGUUCACUCCCUUGGAUCGCUAUAGUGACCGGAACCACCGGAUUACUAGAUACCAAUACUGUGCCCUUAAGGCCAUGUCGACUGUGCUUUGUUGUGGCCCUGUGUUCGACAAUGUAGGCCUCUCUCCUGAUGGCUACCUCUAUAAGUGGCUGGAUAACAUCCUUGCCUGCCAGGACCUGCGGGUUCAUCAGCUUGGCUGUGAGGUGGUGGUUCUGCUGCUAGAACUGAACCCAGAUCAUGUGAAUCUGUUCAACUGGGCUGUGGACCGAUGUUACACUGGUUCUUGCCAGCUGGCCUCUGGUUGCUUCAAAGCCAUCGCCACUGUCUGUGGUAACAGAAACUACUCCAGCGAUAUUGUGACUCUUCUGAACCUUGUUCUCUUCAAAGCAUCUGACACAAACAGGGAGAUCUAUGAGAUUGCAAUGCUAUUAAUGCAGAUUCUGGAAGCCAAGUUGUCUGUGUAUUCUAAGAGGCUUUUGGAACAGAGAAGUGGUGGUAUUCUACAUGGCACACAUGGGCCUCUUCCUCCUCUCUACAGUCUCUCAGUAACCCAGCUCUCCAAGCAGCUUGCCAGGAUGUACCCAGAACUCACACUGCCCCUCUUCUCAGAGGUGAGCCAGAGGUUCCCCACCACGCAUCCAAAUGGGCAUCAGGUCAUGCUGACCUACCUGCUCCCCUGGCUCAGUAAUAUUGAGCUGGUGGACGGAGGCCUGCUGCCCACGGAAUCCAUCAGCACUGUGAACAACAGGAAGAGUUACAUUCACAACACCUCACCACCUCACCUGCUCCGAGGCACAGGUUGGGGCUCGCUCCAAGCCUCUUCCCUGGUCCUAAACAACCUAAUUUUCAUGACGGCAAAGUAUGGAGAUGAUGUCCCAGGUGCAGAAAUGGAGAACACCUGGAACGCUCUGGUCAGUAAUGACCGCUGGAGUAAUAACCUGCGUACCACACUGCAGUUCCUCAUUAGUUUAUGUGGAGUCAGCAGUGACACCUCUCUCCUGCCUCAUAUUAAGAAGGUGGUGAUCUACCUCUGCCGCAACAACACCAUUCAAACAAUGGAGGAGCUGCUCUAUGAACUUCAGCAGACAGACCCCGUCAACCCUGUUGUGGUGCACUGUGACAAUCCUCCAUUCUACCACUUCUCAGCCACAAGCAAUAUUACCACCACAACCUCUGGUGCGCCUUCCAGUUGCAAAACAGUGAUAUCUGGCCAAGAAAGCAUCCCUGACUCAGACGAAACGGCAGUUAUAAAAGAGUGUGAUGACAGGGUGAGCAACAACCUACGAGCUCAUAACCGCCUGGAAUCUCGAUACAGCAGCAGUUCUGGUGGUUCCUAUGAUGAGGAGAAGAGUGAGCCCCUCCCACCAUAUGCCAUGUGGCUGAUGAGCGUGCUGGAGACCAAUCAGCCACUUCCUCUUCCAAUGCCGGUUAACGGAGGAUGCUGGGCUCCGCUGGUUGACUAUCUGCCUGAAACGGUCACCCCACGAGGACCCUUGCACAGGUGUAACAUCGCAGUGAUCUUCAUGACAGAGCUGGUGGUGGAUCACAGUGUGAAGGAGGACUGGGCCCUACACCUCCCUCUGCUGCUUCAAGCCUGUUUACUGGGUAUGGACCACUACCGUCCAGAGGUGUUUGAGCACUGUAAGAGGCUUCUCUUACAUCUUCUCAUCACACUGUCCUGCAACAACAAUUUCAGCCUCAUCGCCUCUGUCCUGCUAAACACCAGAGAUGCCACCAGCAACAAGAGUCUGACCUUCAAACCCAGCUACCUGCCGGAGUUCUCCUACACAGGUGGUGUAGACUUUCUACGGAACGGCCAGGCAUCUCCGGUGCCAGAUUCUGGCCUCAGUUCAUCCUCUACCUCUUCGAGUCUUAGUCUUGGAGGCAGCAGCUCCAACCUGCCUCACCUUGCCCAGGAAGAGGUGGAGCAAUUGGAGAGCAGCACUGAAGAUGAUGAGAAAAGCAGCAAACUCAUUGAGUUUCUCACUACCAGAGCUGUUCAGGAACUGAUUCAGGAAAUGACACAUCUUGCAUCUGGCAUCACUCCAGAUGCCUUGCCUUUUGGACCAUUAUGGAGCCAUGAAGACAUCACUCCUAAGAAUCCACACUCAAAGAGCAUUGAGCACCUCACCAACUUCUUGCGACAUGUUGUGUCUGUGUUCAAAGAGUCAAAAUCAGAUCUUCGUCUUGAGCAGCAGCUGAGUGAAGUGGCGUUACAAAUGGCUCUGUGCAGCUCCUCCAGGCAUUACGCUGGACGCUCCUUCCAGGUUUUCAGAGCCCUACGGCAGCCUCUCUCAGCGCUGGCUGUGUCUGACCUGCUUUCUCGUUUGGUGGAAGUGGUUGGUGAGCAUGGAGAGGAGGUGCAGGGUUACGUGAUGGAGCUUCUCCUCACUGUUGAGUCCGUAGUGGAUAACCUGGCUGAGUGCCUGAAGAACAAUGACCUCUUUGUCAUACUAAGUGGCAAGUUAACACUAAACCGUAAGUGUACUAGUCAACUGGACUUGAUCCCAGGAUCAGGCACAGCCUCUGAGCAAAUCCGCCACCAGCGUAGCUACUCCGUACCCAAGCGCUUUGGCGAGGCUGACCGUUCCUUUGAGGUCCCCCGGAGUGCCACACUAGACCGCAUCCAUGCUUGCAACCAUCUUCAUCAGAACAAUCUCUCCAAGCUCUGUUCUCAGUCUUCCUCUUUAUCCACUGACAACGUGGUCUCCACUGACCCAUCCAAUGGCAACCACCCUCGCAACCUGCUGGCCACCAUCUUUUGGGUGGCGGUAUCACUUAUGGAGUCAGACUUUGAGUUUGAGUACCAGAUGUCCCUCAGGUUGUUAGGCAAGCUGCUAGGCCACAUUUCUUUGGAUAAGCAGGAAUACAAAGAGAAGCUGGAGAAGAUUCAGAUCCAGCUCAAAUGGAAGGAGUUCACGGGGCUUCAGCAGCUGCUGUUAAAGGGCUUCACCUCUUCCAACACCACAGAACUCACCUUGGAGCUUUUCAGCCAGCUUACAUCUGUAUCACGGCUACCAGUGGUGGACGCCUCACAAGCUAUAGGUUUCCCGUUGAAUGUGCUCUGCCUCAUCCCUCACCUGGUGCUCCACUUUAACUCACCCACCCAAUUCUGUAAGGAUGUAGCUGAGAGAAUUUCCCAGGUUUGCCUUGAAGAAAAGAACUCCAAGUUGUCCAACCUUGCUCAUGUGAUGACAUUGUACAAAACACACUCCUAUACCCGAGACUGCUUCUCCUGGGUAAACGUGGUGUGCCGCUACCUGCAUGAAGCCUUCAGUGAAAGCACACUCAACAUGGUUACGUACAUGACAGAGUUGUUGGAGAAAGGAUUACCAAGCAUGCAACAAACUCUUCUCCAGAUUAUCUACAGUUUACUGAGUCACAUGGAAUUGAGUGGCAUUCAAGCCAAACCCUUCAACUUGGAGGUUCUAACAACCAUAGAGAAGUUUGUUCAGACUGCACAUUGGAAGGAAGCCUUGAACAUAUUAAAGUUGGUGGUCUCCCGCUCUGCUAGUCUGGUUUCGCCUUCAUCCCCACAGAGUAACGCAUCCAAUGUGGAUGUGAGGCAUGUGUGGGAUACACCCUCCAAAGCUCUGCCCGGAAAGACCCUUGACUUUCACUUCGAUAUUUCAGAGACACCAGUGAUUGGCCGGCGGUUUGACGAGAUUCACGGCUCUCUGAGACAAGAUGGGAAGAAUGGAGAAGGGGUCACUGUGACACGCAGUACCUCCUCCACAUCCUCAGGCUCUUGCCAAAACAACCACGUGCUGGUGCCCGUCAGCUGGAAACGGCCACAGUCCUCACAGAAAAGGACUCGUGAGAAGCUGGUAAAUGUAUUGACCUUGUGUGGGCAAGAAGUUGGACUCACUAAAAACCCAUCUGUGAUUUUCUCAUCCUGUGGAGAACUGGACCUGAUUGAGCACCAGCCCAGUCUAGUGUCCUCUGAGGACGGCACACGGGACACGGAAAACAUGGAUGACAUCACUUCUGAACAGCAGUUCCGUGUAUUCAGGGACUUUGACUUCCUUGAUGUAGAACUGGAAGAUGGAGAGGGUGAGACAGUUGACAGUUUUAACUGGGGUGCGAGGAGGCGUUCCAUUGACAGUCUGGACCAGACUGAGCCCCUGCCAAUGGAGGAGGACAGCCAGCUCUCGGGCAGUUCACCAAGUCUGUGUCCAAUUGUCCAUGAUGAUUCUGAGGAGUCCUCUGAGGAGGAGUCCCUCACAGCGAGCCAGAUCCUCUCUGCUUCACAAUUAAAUGUCAGCCUGUCUCCCACUGAAGAAUUAAACCCAAUGAACUCUCCGCGUGUCUCCUUUGACAACACUCAAGCUGACACAAUCGCUCUUUCCCACCCAACAGCCAGCUUUGAAAUCUCGCUACCUGAGGCCUCAAACCAUAGGGCUGUGGAUUCAGCUGAAGAAGAUGAAGCCAGCAUCAAUGAAGACGAUAUAUCACUCUACAUUUGUGAGCUGCCACCUUCUUUCACUUCCUCUGACAUCGUAACAGUGGACACACCCCAAAGGGAAGAUAGCAGCUUGAUGGACAGCGAGACAAGCAGCUUACCCAGUGGGUUUGGAGACCAGCACAUCUCUGUGGCACAGCCAGAGGAGGAGAGAGAAGAGCUUUUGCUAGAUUCCCAUUCCUCCCCUCCACCAUCUCCCUUUUUCUCCGCCAUACUGGCCGCCUUCCAGCCAAUGGUGUGUGAUGAUGCAGAGGAGGCUUGGCGCAGUCAUCUCAACCAGCUGGUGGCCGACUCUGAUGGCUCCUGUGCUGUCUACACCUUCCAAGUCUUCUCCUCACUCUUCCAGAGUAUACAGACCAAGUUCUGCACCCUGACCUGUGAUGCUGCUGGUUACCUUGGCAAUGGCCUUCGUGGGAUUGGAUCAAAGUUUGUAAGGUCGUCCCAGAUGCUGACAUCGUGCUCCGAAUGUCCCACAUUAUUUGUCGAUGUAGACACUAUUGUGUCCUGUGGUCUAUUAGAGAAGAUGAAGUUCAGUGUAUUGGAGCUGCAGGAAUACCUGGAAACUUACAACAACAGAAAAGAAGCAGUUAUAUCAUGGCUGAGUAACUGCAAGGCCAGCUUCCCCAAAUGUGCUGGAGAUGGAGUGAUCACCUACCAGCCUGCUGAAACGGAGGACAAGCAAAUGGAAUCUCUUGCACAAUUGGAGCUUUGUCAAAAACUCUACAAACUCCACUUUCAACUUCUACUGCUUUUUCAGUCUUACUGUAAGCUGAUUGGCCAGGUUCAUGCUAUAAGUGUUGUCCCAGAGCUGCAGAACAUGUCCAGUGAGCUGAGUGAGCUGAGGAGUAACCUGCGGGCAGCAGCAGCCUCAGUGGCCAGUGAGCUACCAGCCGAGCGAAGAGAUCCCAAAGCUGAAUCCACUUAUUGCUCCUCUGAGGCUGCUGUACAGGCCAUUCUAGAGAGCCUGAAAAACAAUGAGUUCUCCAGAGCCAUCUGUUAUAUACAGGAAUGCAGAAAAAUGUGGCCAAGUGACAUCUUCGGCAGCAGCUCGGAGAACGAGAUCCACAGUCUUCUCAACAUCUACUUCCGGCACCAAACUCUAGGUCAGACCGGCACAUUUGCCCUGGUUGGUUCUAAACAAGACAUGUCUGAGAUCUGCAGUCGACUCACUGAGCUCAACUGUGAGAUCCGAGACAUGAUACGUCAAGCGCAGGGCUACCGAGCCAUCACAGCCUUUCUUCCGGACUCCAGCGUGACUGGCAUCAGCCUUUGAGUUGAACUUUGAGGGAUCACACUGGCACUGACCUUCUUUCCAGCACUCCUGUCUGAAGAUGCUGCAGCUUUCAUCGUUCUCCCCAUCACACACAUUACUUCCCUGCCUAUGCUCUCCAUAAGAGGUUACAGAAUGUUACUCGAAUCCCUUAGAGCAGUACAACAGGAGACGGAUGAAACAUUUUAGGAUGUUUAGCUGAAACAAAGACGCCUUGGCUUUUUUGCACUACUGUGCAUGUAUGGGCCACCCUCUGCCUCUGAAUUGGAGGCCCCUACUGCUGCAGGCAUCAAAGAUAAACCAAAGCUCCAUGAAUGGCUCCUCCUGCCCAUGUCUACCAUUAUUAAUGUUAUGGGAAAAUGUGCAAUGCCCAACACAAAGUGAAACUUUUCUUCUUUGAAGAGAAUGUUUUGAAAUUUCAGUGGUCUCAGCUACUUGAACAGAAAAAUUAUACAGAAUAUUUUUUAUUUUUUUUUGUUAUGGCUCAGCUGAAAGCAUUCAUUUAAGUAGGUAUUUUAAUUGUUAAAAAAAGAUAAGACCAUUCACAAAGCACAUCCUUGCCUCAGCUUUUACCUGUACACACAGAAUGUCUCUAACAUGAUGCAAUGCUACUGUCAGAGAGACCUGGAUUCAUGAAUGGGUCAUCCAGCACUUAUUUAUGAGGAUUGUUUAAUUUACUAAUGCCUUUCUACUGUUUAGUUGCUCAGAGAAUAUUGAUUUAUAUUCUCAAAAGAAAGAUCAUGCUUUAAAUGGUUUAGUUUUAUAGGAUGGAAUUUUCUGUCUCUUGAAAUGGCCAAGGAUGCAAACGUAUGCACCAUAAGUGGCAAUAGAGAUAUUUAUGGAUUAAGAAAUUAUUUUAUCUAAAAGAAACAUUUGUACAUAGUAGUGGGAGUGUAGCCCAUGCUUGUAAGAUUUUAUUUUUAUGGUUUAUUUUGCUGUCUGCUGUAUGAAAGUGUGCAUGCAAUAAAUUGAUACUUAAUAUUAAUAAAACAUAUCUGCAUAGUUGUUACUGUGUGUUGUUUUUAUAAAUGCUCACCUAUGUGUAGGAUAAGUCUACCAUUUGACCUCUGCAGAUCUGUGUUGAGAAUGACAGAGUGUACAUAGUUUUAGAAUGUAUAUGUUAGUUUGUUUAUUUAUUGGUGGACCACAUUAACACAUUCCUCGAAAAGAAACCUGAAUUGACAAUGAAUCAGGUGGAGCUAUCAAGGAAUACAUGAUGUGUUUUAGUGCGCCCUCUGGUGUUACUUCAAAGGAAAGACAGCAGCAACAUACAAACGAUGCAUGUUGAUAAUGAAAUGUGUAUACCCUGUAAGUAAAAUAAUAGUUAGCAUUAAUAGUAUAAAGCUAUAAUAACAAAGUAUGUGCAUUAACAGUGAUUGAUCAAAAUAAAUUUUACCCAAAUUGUAAAUUAUUGCUGUAUAUAAAAACCAAUGUAAACUUAAUAAAAAUGAUGGUCCAAACAAUAUGAA